CAGUACUUAAAUCAUGGUAGGCUGUGAAACUGACUUAUGACGUAUGACUCUUGAAGACAGGACAUUCGCUAAUAAACCACUAAAGAAUAAAGAAGUCCAAGUCUUUUACUUCAAUUCAGAAGUGGGAUAGAGUCCAAGCUGUUCAAGAUGUUUUUACGGAGCCAGAAACCCUCGGAAAUUCAAGAUUUGGGAAAUAUCGGAAGCGGUCUUCCUUUCUCGGAUCGUCAAAACUCAACCGAUGGGAAUUCAAGUUCUGGACAAUCUGCAAACUUAGGAGAAGCUUCGGGCAGUGGAGAUGGAUCCAAUGUAGCUGAAAACUUCACCAGAAUCAACCAUGAAGGAAAACGUGGCGAUGAACGGCUUAUCAAAAUGGAAGAAAUUUCUGCGUUGCUGCCGGAUUUUUCGGGCUCCACUCAAGAAAAUGUGAAUCAUUUCAUCAACAUUGUACAACAUACUAAACAAGUUUUCAAGAUAAGUGAGGAAAUUAUGAAGCUGUUGGUUUUCAAAUGCUUAAAAGGAAAUGCUCAAGUUUGGUUUACUUCAUCACCGGAAUUGAUGUCAAUGGAAUUUGAAGAUUUUCUUGCUAGUUUGAAGAUGACAUUUGUGCUGCAUGAGAGCUUGUUUCAAGUACGCAAACGUUUGGAAUCAAGAAAAUGGAGAGAAAAUGAAACUUUUGGCCAAUACUGCUGUGAAAAAAGAGUUUUGGCGGUACCAUUACGACUUCGGGAGUCAGAGUUCGUGGAAUAUCUCGUCGAAGGAAUUCCAGAUCAACAAUUGAAGAAUCAAGCUAGGAUGCAGAAUUUUUCAACAGUUGCUGAUGUUUCGAGAGCCUUUUCAAUGAUCAAACUUCGUGGACCAUCGACUUCAACUUCGCUCGUGUGCUAUAACUGUAAGUUACCAGGACAUAUUGCCGCAAGAUGUCGGAAAAUCCGCCAACCAUUCGAACAAAAGGAUCAAUCAACCCGCCGAAAUAAUCCAUGGAUGAGAGAAACUAGGAUUGGAGCCGUUGAUGCUACAUCAGAGAGUCAGGCUGAACAAGAUUACAACGGACUGGAUUAAAUUUUUGGUCGUUCCUGAUUUGACGAUGUCAUCGUAUGACGCUAUAAUAGGAAGGGAUUUUAUAAUGAAACCUAACAUUCAAACCAUCAUCGAGAGAAGCCGUAUUAAAAUUUCGAGAACUCCGGUGAUCCGAAAGGAGGUGCAUGGAAAUAAAAAUGAAAUAAAACAAAUAAGUUCCCUUGAAGAAUCUGAAAUAUUGAAAAGUGUUGGAAAUGUAAGUAGCGAUCAUAUUGCAAAGUUUAUGGAAAUUUUUAAAAUGGAUUACAUUUGUUCCGAUAAGCCUAGUCAGCCAAAAACAAAAUAUGAAAUGAAAAUCUCUCUUAAAACUGGUACUCAGUUUCACUUCAAACCUAGAAGACUAGCAUAUUCUGAAAAAAAUAAAGUAGAUGAUAAAAUUAAAGAGCUUUUACGUGACAAAAUAAUUAAAGAAAGUGAUUCUCCUUAUGCCAGUCCAAUUGUAUUGAUUCCGAAGAAAGAUGGCGAUGUUAGGAUGUGUGUUGAUUAUCGAAAACUCAACAAAGAUACAUAUAGGGACAACUAUCCGUUACCACUAAUUGAAGAAAUUUUAGAUAAACUCAGGAAUAAAAAGAUUUUUUCAGUUUUAGAUUUGAAAGCAGGGUUUCACCAAAUUAGAAUUGCUCCAGAAUGCACCAAAUACACUUCUUUUGUUACACCAUCUGGGCAGUAUGAAUAUUUACGUGUUCCUUUUGGACUCUGUAAUGCUCCAGCAGUAUUCCAAAGAUUUAUAAAUACUAUUUUUAAAGACUUGAUUGCUAAAGGUAAAAUAUGUGUUUACAUUGAUGAUAUAAUAAUUUUCUCAGAUACAAUUGAAGAACAUUUAGAAAUAAUGAAAAUGGUUUUUAAAAUUUUAAGCGAUAAUCUUUUGGAAUUAAAUUUGGAAAAAUGCAAAUUUUUGUUUACUGAAAUUGAUUAUCUGGGAUAUACUAUCAAUCAGAAUGGUAAACGUCCGAAUCAAUCGCAUAUUGAAGCUGUUUCUAAAUUUCCAGUUCCUAAAAAUGUUAAAGAUGUGCAACGCUUUUUGGGAUUGACAAGUUAUUUUCGGAAGUUUAUUAAAAAUUUUGCUACUAUUGCAAGACCAUUGUAUAACCUUUUGAAGAAAGAUACAGCUUUUGAUUUUGGAGAGGCACAAAUUAGUGCAUAUGAAACACUUAAACAAAAAUUAGUCACAGCACCAAUAUUAGCUAUUUUUAACCCUAAUGCUGAAACCCAUUUACAUUGUGAUGCAAGUUCCCAUGGGUUUGGAGCCAUUUUAUUACAGAAGCAAGAUGACAAUAACUUUCAUCCAAUUAGUUAUUUUAGCAAAAAUACUGACAAUUUUGAAUCUAAAUUACAUAGUUUUGAAUUAGAAACCUUGGCAGUUGUUCAUGCAAUCAAGCGUUUUCAUGUUUAUCUAUCCGGUAUGAAAUUCAAAAUUUUUACGGAUUGUAAUGCUUUGGCACAAACUUUAAUUAAAAAAGAAAUAAAUCCUAAAAUCAGCAGAUGGGCUUUGUUUUUGGAAAAUUAUGACUACACUCUUGAAUAUAGAGAUGAAGCUAAAAUGCGGCAUGUAGAUGCAUUGAGUAGGCAAAAUAUGAGUAACGAAAAACAAAUAACAAGAAAAUCUCGAACUUAUCAAAUAAAUGUAUUAGAAACAGAAGAUGUGGAAAGAAAUGUGAUACUCGCUCAAGAACAGGAUGAGAAAUUGAAAAACAUUAAAACACACCUAGAAAACAGCAGUUUUCCAAACUUUGAGUUAAGUAAUGGCAUAUUAUUCAGAAAGAAUGAUGGUAAAUUGUUGUUAGUAAUCCCAAAACUAAUGAUUGACAAUAUCAUUAGAAUGUGCCAUGAUUUAAAAGGUCACAUUGGUAUUGAAAAGACGAUGAUUGAAAUUAAAAAGCACUAUUGGUUUUCGAACAUGAGAAAAAUAGUGAAAAAGUAUAUAUCUAAUUGUUUAAGUUGCAUAUUUUUUAGUCCCAAAGAAGGGAAAAAAGAAGGGUUUCUUAAAUGUAUUGAAAAAGGUAAUCAACCUUUCAACACAAUCCAUUUGGAUCAUUAU